AUGGCGAGGGUCAGCGCCCAGCCCUGCUUCCCGGCCUCGCCAGGGCACUGGGUCGGGGCGACGGAUGCAGCAGAAAGCAGGACCCCGUCUGCGGGCCGGGACUUGUCGCCGGCCCUUCAGCGGGUGAUCGUCGCGGAGCCUCGAGGGCCGUCUGAACCCCUCCGGGACCCCCGCUCCGGGAACCCGACCGGGUACGAGUCGGGCAAACGACCGGGGCCUAGCAGCCCCUGGCCUCUGGCCGGAUAUAACGCCAACAACUGCCACGACGCCAACCGAGACUUCAACCGGAGCAGCAAAAAGGAGCAGGGGAAGAAGACGGAAGAGAAGAAAGAGGAGGAAAAGAGGAAGGAAAUCUUUGUGAUCGACCCAUCCAGCAACCUGUAUUACAGAUGGCUGAUGGUCAUCGCCAUCCCGGUCUUCUACAACUGGUGCUUGCUGGUGUGCAGAUCCUGCUUCGACGAACUUCAGACCGACCACCUGAUGAUGUGGCUGGUCCUGGAUUACGCAGCCGACGCCGUUUAUGUCUGUGACUCCUUCAUCCGGGCCAGGACAGGCUUCCUGGAACAGGGACUCCUGGUCCGAGAGCCCGAGAGGCUGAGGCGGCGCUACACGGGGAGCCGGCAGUUCAAGCUGGACGUGCUGUCGCUGCUGCCCACGGACCUGGCCUACGUCCGGCUGGGGAUGAACUUCCCGGAGCUGCGCUUCAACCGGCUGCUCAAGGCGGCCCGGCUGUUCGAGUUCUUCGACCGCACCGAGACCAGGACCGACUACCCCAACGGCUUCCGCAUCGGCAUCCUCGUGCUCUACAUCCUGGUCAUCGUCCACUGGAACGCCUGCGUCUACUUCGCCAUCUCCAAGCUCAUCGGCUUCGGGACCGACUCGUGGGUCUACCCCAACGUGUCCGUCCCCGAGUACGGGCGCCUGUCCAGGAAGUACAUCUACAGCCUCUACUGGUCCACCCUGACCCUGACCACCAUCGGGGAGACCCCGCCCCCGGUCCGGGACGAAGAGUUCCUCUUCGUGGUGGCCGACUUCCUGGUGGGGGUGCUGAUCUUCGCCACCAUCGUGGGCAACGUCGGCUCCACCAUCUCCAACGUGAACGCCUCCAGGGCCGACUUCCAGGCCAAGGUGGACGCCGUCAAGCAGUACAUGCACUUCCGGAAGGUGACCGAGGACCUGGAGGCCCGCGUCGUCAAGUGGUUCGACUAUCUGCGCGCCAACGAGAAGACGGUGGACGAGAAGGAGGUCCUGAAGAACCUCCCCGACAAGCUCAAGGCCGAGAUCGCCAUCAACGUCCACCUGGACACGCUGAAGAAGGUGCGCAUCUUCCAGGACUGCGAGGCGGGGCUGCUGGUGGAGCUGGUGCUCAAGCUGAGGCCCGCCGUCUUCAGCCCCGGGGACUACAUCUGCAAGAAGGGCGACGUCGGCCGCGAGAUGUACAUCAUCAAGGAGGGCAGGCUGGCCGUGGUGGCCGAGGACGGCGUGACCCAGUUCGUCGUCCUGGGCGACGGCGGCUACUUCGGGGAGAUCAGCAUCCUCAACAUCGAGGGCAGCCGGGCCGGGAACCGCCGCACGGCCAACAUCCGCAGCAUCGGCUACUCCGACCUCUUCUGCCUGUCCAAGGACGACCUGAUGGAGGCUCUCGCCGAGUACCCCGAGGCCAAGAAGGCCCUGGAGGAGAAGGGGAGGCAGAUCCUGCUGAAGGACAACCUGAUCGACGAGGAGGCGGCCGGGGCCGGGCCCGCCCCCCGCGACCUGGAAGAGAAGGUCGACCGGCUGGCGGCCGCCCUGGACGGCCUGCAGACGCGCUUUGCCAGGCUGCUGGCCGAGUUCGGCGCCAGCCAGAUCAAGGUGAAGCAGAGGCUCGGCAGGCUGGAGGCCCCGGCCGGGAAGCGGGGCGACGGGGACCCCCCGGGGGAAGGGGAGGGCCCGCCGGACCCCGCCUCCCCCGCCGCGGCCCAGAGGACCCCGGCUCCGGACCAGUGA